AUGUCCCAAAAGUUCAACGCCAAGAACCUCUCCUACAACUCAUCCGUGCCUCCCUUCCUCGCCGCCCUCAAGGCCCAAGCUUCCGGUUCCUCUUCGUCUCCUAACCCCCUCCUCGCAGGGCAGCGCCGGCACGGGGUCAAGAGGUCCGCCAGCGCCGAUGCCGAGGAUGCGCCCUCGUCAAAGUCCCCGCCCGAGGAGGACGGAACCGGGCCCGGCGCGGAAACGGGAGAGGAUGGGGCCAAGGCCGGCGCGGGAGGUCUCUCGGCGAUAGGACGGAAACGCAAGACGGCCAAAGUCAUUGGUGGCGGUGCCAAUGACGAGGAGGCGAAUGCCGCUUCAUCCAAAGGAGCCAAUGCCAAACGAGAAUCUGGAGAAAAGGCGGACGAGAAGAAGCCGGCAAAACCUAAGAAGAAAGCAAAGAAGAUAAAGCUGAGCUUUGACGAGGAUGCUGGUUGA